UUAAUGAACAAGAUCAGCACUUGGUUAAUUGCUCCCGAAAUAGGAUUUCCAAUCUCCAAAGCUCAUGCGCUCCCCUGGGUGGAGCAAAGGGAAGAGCUGCAGAUCCCGGAUCUCCAAGGCUCUGAGGAAGGGGAGAUCAUCAGUGACUCCCACACAGCAGGUGAUGGGAUGCUGAAUGAGAACAGUGAGAGGAGUCUUCAGGGGGAAGGACCUGAGCAAAUGGCUCCAUGUGGGUUAUUAGUGGAAAGAUCUGAAGGGCAUGUUUCUCAGAGUCCUGAGCAAGGAGAGACUUGUGAGAGUCAGCGUAGUCUACAAAGGCAGCAGGGAAACCAUCCAGGAGCAGGACAGGAUAAAUCCAGUCAGAGGAUCAGAAGGUUGAAAACAAACACAGAAACUGUUCAAAAGAGAAUCCCCCAUCAACAUUCACCUUGUGCUUGCAGUGACUGUGUAACUCCUAUUAAACAUGAAAGAGCCCAAACAGGAGAGAAACCCUUCAGCUGCUCUGAUUGUGGGAAAAACUUCAGUCGGCGGUCAUACAUUGUUAGACAUAGAAAAACCCAUACAGAAGAAGCUGUUCACCUGCUUUCACUGUAGG